AUGGAGGAGGAAGAAGAACUUGAGAAGGUGAGUCGAACCUUUUUGACAUAUUUUCUUUUUCUUUUUGUUAAACUUUUUUUUAGAGUUUUUUUUGAGAAAUUUUCCUGUAUGUCAAUGAAGGAUGCGGUUCGAAGUACUUUGAAAAAAUUUUUCCCCCUGGAACAGUAAGAUUCAAAAUUCCUGACAAGUUGAAGAAUAAUUUCGCCUUUUCAGUUCGGUGAUGAGAACUCCAGGCAUCAUUUUUCAAACUGAUUAUUCCAUCACUGGGCUUCUAUCGGUAAGGUUCCAAUUUUUUUAAAUUAAAAAGAUACGAAAAAGUUUUAAGGAAGAUAAGUUCCUGGAUUUGGGCGCGGAAAUUGUGAAUAAUUGUCGAGGUAAGAAAAAAAGAUCAAAAAAAUUCUAAUAAAAAAAUUACUUUUUUUAAUACAAUUGGAAGAUUAAUUUUUAGCUGAUACCCUCUUUGAACGGUUUGAAGACCUCGAGAGGCUGAAAAAGGGAAAUGAGAAAAAUCCAUCGGACUUGAAAUCAAAGGUUAGUCUGAUAAAAAUGUCGCCAUUCAGAGCCUUUUUACAGAAUCUUUCUGUGUUUUUAUUUUCAUACCGACGUUUCUAGAAUUGAUUUGCCAAGUACAUUAACAUUUUUCAGACCCCGACCGAGCAAAAUGAAAAGAUUAUUCAAGACCUUUUGUCGAAUAUUCUGGACAUUCUCGAUCUCGAAGACUUGUACGACGGCUUCCCCACCGGAAAUUCCCAAAAAGUGCCGGAAUGGUACAGAAAUCGGAUCGACCGAGCUGUCGGAAACGCGCAAGCCAGGGUCGAUCGUCUGAAUUUUCAGGCUUCGAUGCUCAAAAAGAGCGAUGAGCUGGUGGCUUCGUUGAGGAAAUCGAGGGCUUUUGUGGUCAGUUUUCGAAAAAAUUCAAGACCUUAGCUAUGUGAAGUAAUGCCCCUGGCAGAGGCCAGAGACGAAGGGGAAGACCGCCUCCUACUUAUAAAAGGCAGGGACGAUCUUCAGCUGGGUCGAAAUCCUCCCGGCCUGAGGUCAAUCCCUCGAUUCCUAUAUUGAUUAUAUAAUAUUUUCUAUUCGACUAAUGAAUUUAUUCUAAUAUAAUCAGUCUAUAUUCGACCACAUCGAAACUACCGAUGGAGUCUCGGCAUGGCCAAGCCGAGGACUCACAGCUAUAUUGUAGACUUUUGUAUGGAAUUAGAGUCACUAGGAGCAGUUUUUCAAGCUGAAUUAAAAUUAAGCUUGAAAUGUUUUUAGGAGGUCGGUGGAAUGAGUUAAGGGCCUUAAAGUUGGAAUAAUUACGAUUGAACUUCUUUUGAUUACUUUUCAACAAAAAAAUUCGAGCUUCUCAACUCAAAUUUAGAUUUUUAUAUGAAAAUGGGGUCAUUAGUUUUUUCAACUAAUUCUAAAAAUGUGCCUAAAAUUUGCCUGGGAGGUCUGUGAAAUGGUUUAUAGAUCUUGAAGGUGGCAAAAAUUAAAUUGCGCCAAUUUUUCUUAGAAGAAGAUGGUGCUUCGUAAUCUCGGAAAAACAACAGUUUCUUCAAGAAAAAAAAUUAGUCAGGAUUUGAUUUUUCCUUUGCUGAUGGGGGAGCAUGCCUCUCAUGGUCCAUAGCGGACUUCUUUAAAAUUUUGAAGUGAUCAUAACUUUUUUUUUACAGAUCUUUUCAGAUAGUCCUGAGCGCGGACUUGGAAUUAGCGACAAAAACUGCUCCUAGUGAAAUUGAUCAUUUUAAAAUACAGUUUAACAAAAUUUUGAAUUUAUCCGUCGAGUUAGAUCAUGACUUUACUUGGAAAUCAUUUAUCUUAGUCUGUUUCCGCCUGUAACCUGGAAUAAUAUACCUUUUCACUAUAUAAGGUCGAAAAACCAUUCCUUUUCACUUUGAAAGUCUGCCUUUUAUGAAUUUUCUAGCCAAAGAAUAAGAAAUCCCCUUUCAGAGAGAGGAACAGUACUACAAGCACAACUGUAACAGGGAUCCGGAAAUUUAUCAAGUGCAGGAGUAUGAAGAGACUUUCGUCCUCCGGAAGGACUGUUUGAAAGCGAGUUGGUCCGACGGACUCUUGCAAAUCGUCUACAAAGAAGACCUCGACGCCUACUUCAAGAUGGUCGUCCGCGUCUUCAAGGACCACCGGAGAUAUUGCCGUUUUGGCGAAGAUUCUUGUGACUUUAUUCGCAUGUGUCCCUUUCACGCCAAUAUCAAAGUCGACUCCCUGAAACACGCCAAUUUUUUUCACUUCGCUGUCGCCUGCAACAAAUACAGGGUAGGUGGUUUAAAGGCGCAUAGGGUUGAAAGGUGUCAAAAGUAGAGCGUAGGUGGUUUAAAGGCGCAAUGAGUACUUGGUAGGCUGCUUACAUGCGCAAAAAGGACAGAGUAGGUGGAUUAAAGGCGCAACAAGUAGACGGUAGCUGGUUUAAAGGAGCAUAGGGUUGAAAGGAGCAAAAAGUAGAGCGUAGGUGGUUUAAAGGCGCAAUGAGUACUUGGUAGGCUGCUUACAUGCGUAAAAAGAACAGAGUAGGUGGUUUAAAGGCGCAACAAGUAGACGGUAGCUGAUUUAAAGGCGCAUAGGGUUGAAAGGUGUCAAAAGUAGAGCGUAGGUGGUUUAAAGGCGCAAUGAGUACUUGGUAGGCUGCUUACAUGCGCAAAAAGGACAGAGUAGGUGGAUUAAAGGCGCAACAAGUAGACGGUAGCUGGUUUAAAGGCGCAUAGGGUUGAAAGGUGUCAAAAGUAGAGCGUAGGUGGUUUAAAGGCGCAAUGAGUACUUGGUAGGCUGCUUACAUGCGUAAAAAGAACAGAGUAGGUGGUUUAAACGCGCAACAAGUACACCAUAGCUGGUUUAAAGGCGCAUAGGGUUGAAAGGUGCCAAAAGUAGAGCGUAGAUGGUUUGAAUGCGCAAUGAGUACGUGUUAGGUGGUUUAAAGGCGCAAUCGCCUACUUUUUCGUUUGGUCUGAGGUGCAAAAUCGGUCUCAAUUUGUAUUGAAAUGCGAAAUUAAAGGCGCAUAGCUCUCUUUCAGUUUCUCGAAGCGGCUCUUAUCCAUUACCGUGACUAUUUGAAGGAGGCGCCUCGUGUAGUAAUCGAAGAAUACGAAGUUUUGCUUUCAUUUUUGAAUUUGAAGUAGAAGUGAAUUUCAGGCUACGUUCAAAGAUUUGUUGGGGGACGAGGAAUAUUUCAAACACUACAAUUCAUGUUCUCCGUUUUAUCUCGCUGCUGAGAGAAGUUCGUUUCGCAAAAAAAAAUCAUUGAAGAAGGCUAUUUUAUUAACAGAUGCUCGAGAAUGUCUCAACGUCUUGUUGAAGUACGAUAAGUACUCGGAGAUGGUCUUGCAGGAACUACACAACACGAUCCAAUUGGAUCUCAAACAAAGACAGCACACUUUUAAGUCGAACUUUUUGCUCCCGUGUGCGGUGAGUUACAUCGAAAGUGGUCAAACCUUCUUACCAGAUAUUUUUUCUGAUUUAUGAGAAAAAGAACUAUAGAACUCCGUGCUGAGCUUCCUUUGUUAUCACAACAACGUGGAUUUCUUGAAAACGCCUGGAGGAAUGGUACUUUUGAAUAAAUUCGCUUCUGCUCGAAACCACGAGGAAUCCUUGGAGUUCGCAAUGAGCGAAGCCGCUUCUACAGGUUUUUGUCCGGAAAGAUUUUUGGAUACUAUGAAAAAAGCGAUUUUUCUUUUUUCGAAGAGUACUGUAUGAGAAAGUCCGCAUUUGGUGUUUGCACUCUACUCAGUGGAAGAACGGAAUGCCAUCUAAAAAUGGAAAGGCAGACCUGCUCGUCAGUUUAGAGAGCAUGGUAAAAUUGGAGAGACCAGACCGUAAAUUUGGCAUGGCAGGCCAGCAGGUCCUCAGAUUGUGUGUAAAGCGAGGAGAGUACGCGUCUGGUCACUCCAAGUUUACAGUGCUCUCUAAACGGAUGCAUGUGCGCAGGCCUGCCGAUGCCAUCUCCGCCUUUUUUCAAUGUUUUUUUAAGGUUUAUCGAAAUUGUUUCCAAAUCAAUUAAAGAGUUACAUCAACUAUUCAUUCUGAUUCAUUAUAAAACAAAAAAUGAAUAUUUGAAAAUGAAAAACGCAUUGUGCAAACACGCACGGUGUACACAGAAAUCCCCAUACAGUACUCUUCGGAAGAGGAGAAAAUUGCUCUUCUCGUAGGAACGCUUCGUCAACCUCGAAAUUAUAAAAAAACUGCAAAGAAGCGGUGUUUUUAGGCCGACUUGAAAGCUCUCUGCGUCUCUCUGUUCCCUCACUAGCGAGGUCAGAGAAGCAUGGAAAUAGCACGUAAACAUAAGAGAGUCGCCGAGAGACGAGGAGGGCGCAGAGAAGUUCCGCCCUUUCAAGUCGCAAAAAACGAACUAUAUUGAUAUUUUGGAAUAUUUGAAUACCAUGAAUCAAGCUGAAUAUUUACAGGAAGCAUUGAAAUCGCGAAUCAUAUCUUAUCGGAGAUCGGGAAGAAGGCCUUUGGUCUAGAAAAGCCCGAUUUCAAUUUCCUGCAUCAUUUGUACGCCGGAGGGCACUUCGAUAAGGUAAAAAGGAUGGGUAAAAUCAGGAAAUUGGGAAAGUUUUCCGAUUCUCAUGCGAUUUAGACCAUUGAAUUUGCUCAAAAAAGCUCAAAAAACUUGUUUUUUUGAAUUCGAUGAACCGAUUAUGAGUCUUCAAAUAGUCUCGAGACAUCGACUGUGUGAAGAGACGCCAGAGAAAAAAAAAGUACACUACGACUUCUCUGGCGUCUCUUCGGGCCCAGUUUACCCUUUUUCUGAACUCUAUAGUUUUUCGUUCAUCUUUAAAGAAAAUCGGAUCAAGUUACGAUUUCGAAAUAUGCAGAAAAAUCGCUUUCUCUAUAUUUCUCAUUCUCCACUGAACUCUCUAUGCUCUCUAUUUUUUGUGCGGUUUUCAUAGUUCUUUGGCCUAUCCGAUUACGGAAAAGAGAGCGCAGACAGAUCAGGCUCGGGAUGAUAUGUUGUUUUUAAACAUUGCAAAAAGGACUCCAUUCAGAUCUCUCAAUUGGAAAUCGCUAGACGAAGGGUUCUGGAUUGGGAAAUCAGGCAAGAUUAUCUCGGAGACCUUCCCAUCACCUGGUGCACUUUUUUGAGCGGAGUGAGAAGCUUAUCGAUCAGAGAAUGAUAAGAACUUUCCUUUCAAGCCAGAACUCGUGGAAAUGUGGCCCAAGCACUCGGACACGACCAUUCCUUUGGAGUGGAAACUCAAUUUCAUCACCGCGACCAUUUCUGUUGGCCAUGUGUGAGUUUUAGGCGCUUUCUGAUGUGAGCUUCUGAAUUAUAUUGAUCUUUUCAAAUAAAAAUAGUUACUGGGUAAACCUCAAAAAACGUUCCGAUCGCAGCAAGCUUUUCUGAUAGUGCGAAAGUAGUUUCAAGUCGGGCGCGAUUCCCAGAAAGUGCAUAUACGUCGAGCCAAUCCACAUGCAAACAUCGCUUCUAAUUUAAAGACAGUUGAAUAUACUCAUGGAAAGUUUUGGUGAAAACAGGCUAUUUUUCAAUUUUGAGGUUUUCUUUUUGAAAAUCUACAAAAAAACUUUUUUCGUUAAGUUUGAGUUCAAUCUGGCCUAAUUUAAUGAAAAUCAAGCAAAAAUCUAGUCUUUUGCCACUAUUUAGAUGUCUUUUCAAUACAAACGCCGUGUGAAAAAGUGAAAUGGCUUGACGGUUUCUUUUAAUUGCGGCCAACCUAAAACGACUCUCGCGCGCUGACUUCGGAAAGCUGCUGAAUCUUUGAUCUUUGCGUCAUUUAAAUAGCGACCAUUUCCGAACGGUCUUUUUUCUAUUUUCAGUUGAUUUUUCAGAGAAAAGACUUGAAUUUUCAAAUUUUUUUUUCCAGAGAAUUUUCUGUUAACUUCCUCAAGCAUCUCAUGCAGAAAGCGAUGAUCCAAUGGAGAAUGGAGUCGAAAAGCUGUGAGAAUUUGGUUGAAACAUUUUCUUAAUCUCUUAGGCUUUGACAAGGAAGUUUUUUUUUGAUUUGAAGUCUGGAUUCUCUAAAAAAAAAUCUGUCAGGUCAAUACUUGUAGAACUAAAACGAUAAUCUGAAGUCGCGACUUCCAAAAUGUCAAGCUGGAAAAAAAAGUCUCAAAAUUUUCCAUUUUUCAGAUUUAAAUGAUUUUCUUUGCCCCUAUCACUCUCAGGAACUAGAAAAAUAUGAAAGAAUAUUUGACCAAUUUCUAGAACAAGUAAAACUAAUUUAUUUAUAAGAAAUAGUAUAUUUUGUCAGAUGAGAGGGCGAAUUUUUGAAAUUCACUUUUCGUCUCAUUUUAAUCGUCUCUAGUCAUCAGGACUCUUGUAAAAUUUUAAUUACGUCUCAAUUCAUCCUCCAUUUUUGGAAAAAUUCAGUGAAUGUAAAUCUAUGCCCUUCUUGAGGUAUUGAAAAAUUGAUUUUGUCAGAUCAGAUAAGAAAUAAUUGAAUUUUUUCUCUCAUACGAACUUUUGUUCAAUCCCGAGUGAAUCCCUACUUUCUCUAUUUUUGGCGAAUUCAGUGGAAGAACUUCCCUGGUCGUGUUUUCCGAUGGUCUACGCCGUCAGCACGAUGAAUCUGAAGCUCUUCGCGAUCCUUGUCGAAUUGUACACCAAAUACAAACAAGCCAACCGUAAGGAGGACGGGACCAUGGCUUUCUUGGUUAGUCGGAUCAAGGCGACUCUAAAUCUCUGGUCGCAUGGAGAAUGGCUCGGAAAAAAUCGAAAAACUUGGGAAAAUUUCCAAGCGAUAUAGUCUGUGUGCCACGACUUGAAAUUUCACUGAACGGCAUUCCGCUGUUCGGCAGCGUGCGUUCGCGAAGCGUCUUUCGAACCUAGGUCACGCUUUCAAUUGAUUGUUAUUGCUGUGGUAGCACAGGAAAGUAAUGUACCUUAAUAAAAGAAAAUUAAAAUUAAAAGCGUGACCAAGGUUCGCAAAGGCGCGCAGCGGCACAGCGGAAUGUCGUGGCACACAUACUAUACAGCGAAUAAUGAGCAAGCUUCCUUUCAUUUUUUUGGUUUUACGCACUUUGAGAAUUUUAUAAGAUACCAGUAGGCUUUAUGAAAAGCAAAUAGCUCAAAGUUCAUUUAAUUAUCCAACUUUUCGCAAAUUUUUAGCCGUAUCUCCUUUCAUAUUUGUUUUUGAAAAACCGGUUUUUUUUUUUGCAUGUAAUAGUGUUACCUAUGAGGCCAGGCGUUUGUACUUUGAAAAUAAAAGAAACGUGAACUGAAAUUGUAAGGUUGUGUAGUUUCAAGGUUGAGAACUACAGCUAAAAGUUUUUACGUGAAAAAAAUGGCCUUUUCAAAAUUUGAAUUUUAAAAGCAGUUUUUAUUAAAAAACGGGAUCAAAUCCGUUUUUCUGAGUAUCUUUCAAAAUCUACAAAGACUUUUCGCCACACUUUGAAAUAUUCCAAUUUCUCUACCCUCUCUUUUUACGUGCUAUUUUCUUAUUUCUCUAACCUCUUCUUUGAGAGAGAAGAGGUUGCGGAAAUUUCAAGUAGAGACUCUAAUUCUGCCGCGGCAAAUUUAAAUGUCCCGGUCGUAUUUGGAAUGGCUCAACGGGUCAAGCUUCAACGUCAAAGUCGUUAUUUGUAUGUUUUCGCAUCUUUAUGUAGGUUGCUGCCGACCCAAAACGACUUGCGCGAGCUGACUUCCGGAAGUUUACUUGGUUUGCAAGCUUCAAAGUAUCACACUAGACUCUGAACCAUUCUGCACGCGACCAGUUCUUAUCCAACUCUGAAAAUAUUCAGCAUUGGUUCCGUUUCAUCGAUGACGAUUUGGUCCGAUCGGUUCUGGUGGCCUACCAUUUGCCGAGGCUGACAUCCGGUGGGAAAUACGCGAUGCUCUACGUUUUUCAUCGCCUCGGGCUAAUUUAUUUCGAUGUUAGUUCUUUUUUUUCGAAAAAUCUUUGAAAAGGAAUUUUCUAAUCUUUUCGCUCAGGAUCGGAUAAGGAAAAUUGUGAAGAAGGACAAAAUCGCCAUGGAGAUUUUCAACCCAAAACAGGUAAUCUUUUUCGAUUUUAAUAUCAAAAAAUUUGGGAUCGCCUAAAUUAAUGAGGCGUGAGAGAUCAACGGCGAACUGAAGAGAUGCGAAAGAAGCAGAGGCUCUUUUUAUUUGGCGUCUCUUCGCGCCGACGCUGAUCUCUCGUUUCUGCUAUAGGAAACUUCGAAAAUCAAUGGAACUUAGAGGUCGACGGAAGAGACACCAGAGAAGUAAUAUUUUCUCUAUUUCUCUGUAGUCUCUUCCAAAGCAGUUUAUCUCUCGCUCUGGAUUAUUUCAGUUUUUAUUGUCCACCUUCCGAAAAAAUCACAAGAGAUGCCAGAGAAGUUAAUAACUCUCUUUUUCUGUGGUGUCUCUUCGGGACAAUGCUUGUUUCUCGCUCGCGACAUUAAUCUGCUGGUGCGGCCUACCUACCGUAAUCUGCGGGCUAACCCCCCCUCCCCCCGCCCUUCUUUUUUUGGCAUUUUUUUCACUCCCAGACCGAAAAACUCUUCUUCGCUGUGACCUAUGUGAACGGAUCGAAAUUACAAUACUUAGGUUUAUUGUCUACAGCAUUCUUGUUUCAGGGCAACUCGAGGGCGUCCGUCCGAAUGAUGCAGCAGGUCGAAGCCGUCUCCCUCCAGGACGCCUACCGCUUUGUCUAUCAGAAAACUUCUUUGCGCGAUUGUUUCCUCCCCAACGCGUCUCAGGCUCCCAAUUCUGAGCCUAUGGACACCACCUGA